GUUAAAGCCAAAUCUCAAAACGGUGGCUUAAAAUUAUUCUGGAGUCACUUAAUUCAUAAAAGAGAGAAGAUUGUAGUUAAGGAAGUUCAUCUUACUGGCAGUUUCAAACUGCUAUGUGCUUCUGGAAAAAGAAAUGUACAUGAGUUAUUAACUAAUGGGACUAUAUUACCAAUUCAAACCGAAGAAAAUAAUCGAAUAAACGGAACAUUUGAUGAGUUAUCUGAGGAAUUUAUUGCUACAAAAAUUGCCAUGAGUACCUCUGGCAAGACUACAGAAGUUGCA